AUGGGGAGGUUUAUCAAUGGGUUAAUGUUUAAAAAUGGAGUAAGUGGAGGAAAAAUUGUCAAACCCCUUCCUUUUAAUACCAUUUGGGGUGAAACAAGAAAAAGAAAUGGGCGCCGAAUUAGAAAGAUUAUUGUGGGUUCGAGUUUCUUGACGACUUACUUACAUGAAGAGAUUAAAAGACUGCAGUGUCUUGUGUGUAGACUAACUACAGAGAUAGAUGUAAGGAAUCAAAGGAUGGAAUACACAGAAAAAAGGUUCACCCAAGUAUCGACGUCUCUUGGUAUAGUGACAGAUGAGAGAAAUGAACUGAAUCAAGCUUCCCUUCAGCUCUCAACGUCACUUAGUAGAAUGACGGAAGAGAGGGAGCAGCUGAAUCAAGCUCAUAUUCAAGGUAAUUUACAAUGUUACGCUACUUUACCAUGGGUACAUUCUAAUGGGGUUGUACACAUUUCGGUAAGUAUCCUUGUUCUGUUUCGUAAAUCAACUGAUUCUAACAUGUAUGCCCAUCUUAACGUUCCUUCAGAAAUGAGAAAUAUGCGGAGCAUUGUGUAUGAGAACGAGACACUUAUGAAGGACUUAGAGACACACCAUAGAGAACUCGAGCAACAACGAAAGGAAAUUGACAAGCGUGAGGCCCAAUUGGAUCUCAAAAGCAAGCAACUUUCUCUUUUAAGCGAAGAGGUUACAAGAAAACUACAUACUGUGCAAAAGAAUUUUGAAGGAGCGGAAGAUGCGAGUAGUGUAGAAAAUGUUCAAGCCUCAACAGAGUUGGAUGAUACGCGCAAAAGACUGGAAAAGAAAGAUUAUGAGUUGGAUAGUUUGAGUAACCUUAAUAACACCCUGAUCGCAAAAGAGCGCAGAAGUAACCACGAGCUACAGGAGGCAGGCAAAGUUUUGAUCGAGGGUUUAGAUGGGUUUGGAAAUAAUGGUACGCGUCCUCCUGUAAUUGGGAUAAGACGGAUAGGGGAGCUGAAUGACAAACCAUUUCGAGAUAUUUGCAUCAAGAAGUUCUCGACUACUGAAUGGGAAACAAAAUCUGUUCAGCUAUGCUCAUUGUGGCAAAAUAAAAUACAAGAUUCAGGGUGGUAUCCUUAUAAGCAUGUGACAGUCGGUAAAAAGUUUCAUGAAGUUAUAAAUGAAGAUGAUAAAAAGUUGAGAGAGCUGAAAGAUGAAUGGGGCAAGGAAGUAUAUGAUGCUGUAGCUACUGCUUCACUGGAGAUGAAUGAGUACAAUGCAAGUGGAAGAUAUCCAGUUCGGGAGCUUUGGAAUUUCAAGGAAGGAAGGCAAGCCAGCUUGAAGGAAGUAAUGGAAUAUGUCCUGCAAAAAUUGAAAGCUCUUAAAGGUGCUAAGCGUCGAAGAUAA